AUGCCUAACUCGUGCCCAUCGCUCUCACUCGCGAACUCGCGGAGAAGCCGGCGAGCUCGAGAGCCCUGCGCCCGUGCCGCCUGCAUCACUCGCGAGAACGCAGAAGUCACCGCGAUAUCAAGAGCACCCGCCAACACCGACUACCGUUUCACAGCCCAAAACUCCCACCAGCGCCUGGUCAAUCCCAUAUCCCUUGAGCAGCCCAAAGGCCCAAGCUUCACCGUGGAGGACGGCCACACCGUGAAAUGGGCCAACUGGGAAUUCCACCUCAAGCCCGACCCAAGGGCUGGGGUGGUCAUCUCCCGCGCGACGGUCCUCGACCCAGAGACCGGCCUGAAGAGGAACGUGAUGUACAAGGGCCUCGCCUCGGAGCUGUUUGUGCCGUAUAUGGACCCAACUGACGCUUGGUAUUUCAAGACUUACAUGGAUGCUGGCGAGUACGGGUUCGGGCUUCAGGCCAUGCCGCUCGACCCCCUUAACGACUGCCCAAGGAACGCUUACUACAUGGACGGGAUUUUUGCAGCUGCCGAUGGGACUCCGUACGUUCGGUCAGAUAUGGUCUGCGUGUUCGAGAGCUAUGCUGGGGAUAUAGGGUGGAGGCACUCGGAAAGCCCGAUAACCGGAUUGGAGAUACGAGAGGUGAGGCCGAAGGUGACGCUUGUGGUUAGGAUGGCAGCAUCAGUGGCCAACUACGACUACAUCGUCGAUUGGGAGUUUCAAACGGAUGGACUAAUCAGAAUCAAGGUCGGCCUAAGUGGAAUACUGAUGGUGAAAGGAACUCCCUAUUCCAACCUCGACCAGCUCAACCAACAAGAUAACCUCUACGGGACCCUCUUUGGAAGAAGAAUUAAAGUACUCCGGAGUGAUCGAGGAACAAAAUACACAUCCAAGGAGUUCAACAAAUUCUGCGAGGAUGAAGAAGUCAACCAUCAGCUAACUGUUGGCUAUGCUUCAGAGCAAAACGACGUGUCAGAAAGGAAAAACAGAACCGUACAAGAGAUGGCUAGGACAAUGCUCGCGGCGAAGAAUAAGCCUAAAGAAUUUUGGGCAGAAGUUGUAUACACUGCAGUCUAUCUACUCAACAAAUGUCCUACUAAACUUGUCCAAAAUAAAACUCCAAUAGAAGCUUGGAGUGGACGAAAACCGUCAGCUCAACAUCUACGAGUUUUUGGGAGUAUCUGCUAUGUGCAUAUCCCAAAGGAAAAGAGGCACAAACUGGAGGAAAAAUCCGAAAAAGACAUAUUCCUCGGUUAUAGCUCUCAAUCUAAAGGAUACAGAAUUUACAUUCUCAAGACUGGUAAACUAAUUAUCAGUAGAGAUGACGAGUUUGAUGAAAAUGCGGCAGGAACCGGGAGGAAGAAAAAGUCGAAUACCAAAAUAUCAUGGUACCUGCAUCACGGAGACAAAAUACCAUACCAGAAGAACAUGAAGAUGAAGCAAAAGGUACACAAUCACCUUCAGCUCCACGACCUUCAAGUCCGAGGACUACAUCACCAUCAAGUGACGAACAGACAUCCCAGAAUCACCACCUAG